AAGCAACUGAAUGUAGGUUUGUAAAACAUUUAUAUGUAAUGUAACAUUUAUAAAAACGUUUGUUUAUAGGGCACAUAUGAUCAGGCGGACGAAAUAACAGAGAUCAGGAUUUUACAAUGGGCUGUCAACUAAGUCGCGAAUCAGUGAACAAUGGUGUUGCAACAAAUCAAUGUGACCUGCGUCUACAGACGAGUGAUGGAGAUCUAUCUUUGGUUACGACUUCAAUCGCCCAGGAUUCCGAAUGGGGAACUAAUGACUACAUUGAAUAUCAACCAGGGGCAGCGGGCAGUAAGAUCGUUCUCGCGGCCCCGCACGGUGGAGAUCUCGAGCCGGCAAACAUCCCAACAAGGGAUGCCGGGUGCAUAGUGGAUCUUGGAUGUGUUUAUUCACACGCAUGUGAAGAUAAAGAUGAAAGCAAUUGCCGCGUGGCAACUGUAAAGGACAUGUAUACCUUAGAGUUGACCAUAGCGCUAGCCGAUGAAAUAAGUAGAAUAUCCGGCCUCCGACCACACGUUAUUUUGAAUCAUCUUCAUAGAAGGAAAUUGGACGCUAAUAGAGAUAGAGAAGAGGCGACGUUCGAUGAGCCAGAUGCGGUCACAGCAUGGGACGAAUUCCAUGCGUUCAUCGAUCGCGCGAAGGCCUCUGUAGGUACCGGAUUAUUUAUCGAUGUUCAUGGACAUGGUCACCCAGAGCCUUGGAUUGAGCUUGGUUACUUGUUUACUGGACUAAACCUAGACUUGGAUGAAAUUGACCCCACACGAUCAUCAAUACGACAUCUAUCGACUCAAGUCAACGUUACGUUUGAGGAACUACUUCGUGGCGCGCAAAGUUUUGGCGGAGAUUGUGAAAACGAGGGAUAUGAUGCAGUACCCGGACCGACAUUCCCAGGGCCCAACGGUGGCAACUAUUUCAGCGGUGGUUACAAUACUAGACGUCACGGCUCAAGAGAUGGCGGGACUAUUGACGCAAUUCAAAUUGAGUCUCCGAGAUUUCUGCGUGAUAUAUGGCCCGUAUAUGCAGAGGGAUUGGGCCAAGCACUCGUCAACUUUGUUCAACGCUAUUACCCCUAAAGUACAGAUGGCUUUACAUUUUCAUUUCUGAUAACAAUUUUCCUUUUUAUCUGAAGAUAAGAACCUAUAAAACAGUGAUGAAUAUAAACAAUUGUUUUCUAAAUAACCCCAAUUAUUACAUGGGUAUUUACCAUACCGUGAGCUUGCUCGGCAGUGUCAUGGCAAAUACACAAGGGGCUAUAUUAGUAUGAGCGAGCUCGGUGGUAUGUUCUGCCCAAAGUGGAUCAUGCUCACGUUAUGUUGACUAGUCCUGCUUUAAGACCCUUGACCCCCUGUCUUCUUUUCAUCAGUAAUGAGUGUUAACCUGUAAAACUGUAGGCGAUUUGACAGACAAACUUUACGUAUUUGCCUAAUUUCUGAUUAUAAGUUCAAAAACAACUAAUUUGUCAUAUUUUUACGAUAAUUAAACUUGGCUUUCAAGAGAUCGAUGAUUCCCCUGUGUUCAGAUAAGCAAGGGCUCCAUCUUUUUGACAAUAUUUGUCUUUAGUGACCAAUUUUAACUGUCGAAAGAUGGCAUAUUCGGCUUGACUAUGUUCGUUCGUAAAACACUUAUUUUCUUCACUAGAAAUAAUAUUUUAAACAUGUUGUGUU